GAUUGAAAAUUUAAUCACACCGCAUAUGUACGUGCUUACUUGGGAUACAUCUUUAAUAUCUUGGGUGCAGAUAUAUAUCUUUUGGCACUUCUUCUAUUCCACCCUUCCGGGCCCUCUUUUUUCCCUCUCCUUCAUUCUCUUUUCUUUCACCUCGUUCUCAAAAGCACAACCGAGAAAUAAACGAUCGAGACCAAGUAGGCGGAGCUCCAUUCUAUCCCAACGAUCUUUGCAGCAACGAGAAAAAACAUUUCCACAGAGAACGGACAUGUAUCCGCCUCCAGAUUCUCAAAGUUAAGGUGUUCACGGCUAUCAUACCAAAUGAAUACCUUAAGCCCCGCAUAUCCAUGUUUGUUAAUCGAUCCGCCGCUCUUUUCUCGCCCCUUCAUUCAUAUGGACACCACCGGUAGGCAAAUACUGCCUUUCAUGUGUGGUUGCAAUCUAUAUUCACAUACCAUUUGAUUCUCGGACAUGAAUUGUCAUCAUCUGUCACCAAGUAUCGAUGUUUCCGCCGUUUCUUGCCGCACUAUGAGCCGGUUUAUCUCCAUUUGGUCUCUACCUUUACCCAACUCGGAACGACUACUCCACACAUAUCGUGAUAAUCCACACGUUUAUAUUGUUUGAUUUUUCUGUCGAAUUUCGUCCUCACUAUGAAAAGGCAAGUUGAUCCCGUCAAUUCGUAGGUUCUUUCAUUUCAUUGCUAUUGUAGCCUUCGUUACUAUACCUUCAUCAUUUCCAUUGUUCUGUCAUGUCUGAGAUUAUCUCAGAGUGGUCAAAUUCAAGAUGAAGUCUUCACUCUUUUACAGCAUUGUUUCUCUUAAUGCUAGUCUAGUUGCCGCUACAAAUGCUCGCAGAUAUGAUAAUGGCACUUCUUCAACAGCACUCUUUGACUUUGAGACUAUUCAAUUGAAGACUUCAGAUCUCGCACAACUCAAUGCUUCCAUGCAAGCGCUUUUCACAUUUGGGAAUGCUUCUUCGGUAGAUGCAUCAAGCAUUGCUUCUUCGAGAUCGGCGUGUAAAGUCUUUCCUGGAGAUGCGGCUUGGCCUGCAGAUGAUGUUUGGGAUAUCUUUAAUGACCUACUUGGUGGUGGAUUGAUUAAAACUAUACCGAUCGCAUCAAGCUGUUAUAAUGGUUGGAGUUAUAACGCAGAUACAUGUGCCUUUGUCACAGAUAAUUGGACUAACUCUACCAUGCACGAGGAGGACCCCACAUCCAUGAUGUCCCCAAUAUAUCAAGGUCUAACCUGCAUGCCUACCACCGACCCAACGGCAACCUGCACACUUGGCGGUUACCCCGCUUACGCAGUCAAUGCCACAAACGUCGCACAAAUACAACUUGCCGUCAAUUUUGCAAGGAAUACUGGUAUCAGAUUCGUGGUCAAGAAUACAGGACAUGAGUUCUCUGGUAAAUCCGGUGGAGCAGGUGCUUUGAGCGUUUGGACUCAUUGGUUACAAGAUAUCAGAUAUGAGGGUGCUGAAUUUACCGAUGCGGACUUUCCUUACACUGGACCCGCCUUCACAUCUGGAAGUGGUGUUGUUGGCGUAGAUAUUAUGAAAGCAGCGAGCGAGCAGGGAAUGGUUGUCGUUGGCGGCGAAGCAAGGGAUGUUGGGGUUCUAGGAGGUUACAUUCAAGGUGGAGGACAUGGUCCUAUGACUUCAGUAUAUGGUCUCGCUGCAGAUCAGGUCAUCUCUGCUCGUAUUAUUACAGCCGAUGGACGAUUUGUCACUGCAUCCUCAACUGAAAAUACCGACCUUUUCUGGGCUUUACGUGGGGGUGGUCCCGCAUCAUGGGGUGUGGCGACAUCUCUCACAAUCAAAGCUUACCCAACGACUCCCGUCACAGUCGUCACCUUCACAUUCGCCUCUGGUGGCAAUGUUACCGAUGAUGCUUUCUGGCUCGGUGUCCGUGCUUAUUGGGAGAGCUUUAUUACCUUCAACAAAGCCGGAAUCUACAGCUAUUUCUUUGUUUUUCCUCCUGCAGCUUUCGGAGUGGAUUAUUUCAUCAUGUCCCCAUUCUGGGCUCCAAAUCACACACAAGCUGAAACCGAAGCCUUGUUGGCACCUUGGUUCGGAAAACUCACUGCGCUCGGCAUAGACUUUACACCAGUAUACAAUACCUAUGAUACACUAUACGAAGGAUGGGAUGCAUCUUUUGCUCAAGAAACCGUCGGUUCCGAUGACGCUAUUGUUGGCUCCCGUCUCUUUCUACAAGAAUAUCUUGAGGAUGAAGCAACAUUCAACGCAACAUUUGAUGUUUGGUCAGGCUCCGCGAGAAACAAUGCUUCAUUGCUCGUGGGUUUCAAUAUCAAUGCACCAAAUGUCGCAGGAGUUGAUAAUGCUGUUUUGCCCGCUUGGAGGAAUACCACUCUUCACACUAUGCAAGGCACGUCAUGGACGGAUCCUACCAAUUUUACCACUAUGGCUUCCGCCCGGGCCAAGCUUAGCGAACUCCAACUUGCGUGGAAAGCUGUUACCCCAGGCACGGGAGCAUAUCUUGGAGAAUGCGAUAUUGAGGAGGUAGAUUGGCAACACAAUUUCUAUGGUGUAAAUUACGAUAGAUUGUUGAGUAUUAAGCACGCGACUGAUCCAUGGUCAUUAUUCUGGACCAAGACUGGCGUUGGAAGUGAAGUUGCUAGUGUGGUUAGCAAUGAUGCUAUUCCAGAUGAGAAUGGAAAAUUAUGUUGGAAUUAGAUACAUGUUAAUAAAUAAGGCACGAGUCUAGAAUCAAAAGGCAAAUGAUUUUGUCAAUAUGACGGUUGAUGGGUAACUUCGUAGAUUAAUGGUACACAUACUAAUGAACUUUGAUGGUCUUCAUUAUAUGCUCUAAUGUAAAGGCUCUGAAGCCUCAAAGCAUAAAAGCUUUCACGCCAUAUUUUUUGAAUAGAGGAUGUGUAUAUACGGAUAGUCGAAUCAGAAGGGAUAAGCCACGGGGUGAUUUUCAAGUAUAUUUUCACCCUCCGCUGUACUCAGAGCUACAAUGAACAUUUUCUCACCACAAAUUA